CUAACCCCCUAUAUAGCGCUUAGCGCGAACAGUGUUUGAGAAAACGUCGCUACGAAAGCUAUCGCGAAAAAGAAGUCAGAGUACCAACAGAAAGAGAGAGAUGUGGAGGCGCGUCGUCUCCCUUUAUCCCCUCCUUUCUCCGUCCAAAUCAUCUGUUCUUCACCGGGCCAAAAGUGGAAUCGCCUCAAAUGAGAAGACCCCGUUCAUAGUUUUUGUCUUAGGUGGUCCUGGUAGUGGAAAAGGUACACAAUGUGCAAAGAUUGUAGAGACCUUUGGAUUCAGACAUCUUAGUGCUGGAGAUUUACUGAGGAAGGAAAUAUCUUCUAAUAAUGAAAAUGGUGUGAUGAUCCUUGACACAAUUAAGGAAGGGAAGAUUGUUCCUUCUGAAGUGACAGUCAAACUAAUUCAGAAGGAGAUAGAAUCAAGUGAUAACUAUAAAUUUCUCAUUGAUGGUUUCCCACGAAGUGAGGAGAACCGGAUUGCAUUUGAAAAAAUUCUUGGUGUGGAACCAAACAUUGUGCUUUUCUAUGACUGUCCAGAAGAUGAGAUGGUGAGACGAGUGCUAAGCCGCAAUGAGGGACGAGUUGAUGAUAAUGUAGAUACGAUCAAGAAACGACUAAAAGUGUUUGCAGCGUUAAAUCUUCCUGUUAUCAAACAUUACACUGUGAGGGGUAAAGUUUGCAAGAUAAAUGCGGUAGGAGCAGUAGAUGAGGUAUUUGAACAAGUUCGCCCAAUAUUCACUGAGCUGAUGGUCAAAUGACAGGAAAUUUGGAAAGGA